UUGUAUACGUAUCAAGUCGAACUUCAUCAGUGUAAAACCAAGACUUGUGCAGCUAACUUUGAUUCCUUCUCGUCUUAUAAUUGCUAUUCAAAAUAUAUAUCUAUAAUAUUCUAUCCUGCAUCACAAACCCUGAAAGACUAAAAGCUAGAGAGAUGGUUCGGAUUGAAGAUGAAGAGGAAGAACCCAAAUAUAGUCAUUUCACUCAUGAACACCCAUUAGAACUGAUCAAUUCCAAUCAAGUAUCAGACAGAACAACAUGUUCAGGUUGCAACAGAAGUAUAUUAGCCGGAAAAGAUUUCUACACUUGUAAAUCUUGCUCCUUUUCUCUUCAUCGCGUCUGCUACAAUAUGGCAACAGUAUACAAUCAUCCGGCCGAACCAGGCCAUCACUUAAACCUGAUCCUCUCGCCGUCUUUCGAAUGCAAAGCUUGCGGACUUAGGGGUUCGGGUUUCAGCUACAAUUGCAGAAUCUGUGCCUGCAAUUAUCACUCACUCUGCUUAAGAAUGCCACUUACAGAAUCAUCUGCUUUUCAUGGACAUCUUCUGAAACUCGUGGUGUCUCCUUUGUAUGACAAUUUGCCUUUCAAAGGCUUUCGCUGCGACGUGUGUGGUAAUCCUGGUUCGGAUCACUGGCUUUAUAGCUGCAAGGAAUGCGAAUUUGAUGUGCAUCUUAAUUGUAUCUAUUCUGUGCCAAUCCCAGAAAAACACACCAACCUGAGGAUUCUCAGAGCUCCACCUAAUGAAACGGGUGCGUACGACAUGAAUUAUGGUCCUUCAGCUCCUUACAUAAACUUUUCGGAACCAACAGCAAGUUCUAUGUCUAAUCCAGGGACUAAUUUUGUUCAUCCUGGAGUCCGAAUUAGUACUGCUACAGGGACCUCCGGGGCAGGAAUAGCUGGACUUGUCGCUACCGGGAUACUUACUGGUAUCGGAGAAGGGAUAGGACAAGAGAUUGUCCAGACUAUUUUUAAUAAUUCAGAUAUAAGUUCCUAGAGUUUAAGGCUGUGCGUGAACAUCUAUGUUGCACGAAAACUUAUUGAAUAGUUUCGUUUCUGUUUCUGAAAAAUGCUUCUUUAGUUCCGGAACUUUAUAUUUUAUAACAUAAUUUUAUAAAACAUAUUGUUCCGCCAUUUUUCAUUUCA